GCUCUGAAAGACAAGCAUCUUUGCAGAUUUUCUUUCAUGAAGUAUUUAAGUGAUGCCUUUCCUAAAUAUCAGACACAGCAAUACUAUUGCCAAUAACCGAGCAGCCACGGGAAGCUUGCGCACCACGGGCCAUUAGGACCACGGCUAUCCCGUUUCAUUUUCGGAAAUGCUUGAUGGGCUACAGCAGGUGCUCCGACAUCCGGGAAAGCAGGAAAUUGACAGGAGAGCGAGCAUAUGCAGCAGGUGUAGCGCAUGCCUGCACAUCAAAACACUGUCAGAGUGCAACGCGCGAAUUGCAUUGUACAUUGCAUGCAUAGGGUUGGGCAUUGAGCUACUGUAUUAGGGCAUUGAGCUAUUGUAUUCGAGCCCCGCCUGUCACUUUCCAGCUGUACGCUUUUCUUCACGACCACGGCAUCCAGGAAGCGUGUGUUUGCUUGUUUCUCUCCCCUGGUCCCUUGUUGGCUUGGUCUGCACUGCUAGCAUGCAUUGCGAGAGCCGGUGUAUUUGGAUACACGGUGCCAGCGGCAGCCGCUGACAGUGUAGAGUGAGUGGAGCAUUGGAAUAACGCUGCGCCCAGUCCAGGAGGCUGCUUGUAAACGAACUACAGCACACACAUACACAGAAAGCAUCGUAUUGAAAACUGCAAGUACAAGUGUGCGAUAGGCAGGUGUAAGAACGUGAGUGCGCGAUAGGAGGUUUUAUUUAUUUUUUUCUUGCAACAACAGCGUUGCUAAUCGAAGCAGCGGGGGACCUGGCGACAGAGCCAGCGGUAAUUAGUUGAAUUAUUGUCAUGAAGAUGGUGGAGUCGUGGCAUGCCUGCUGGUUAACGCAAGGAAUAAACACGCCGCUGCCGAUGGGUUGUAUUUUAACUUCGCCAAGGAAACAAACGGUCCACCUUUCGGAUUCCUGUCUGGGUUGCGGCAACCAAUAAACGGGCAAUACGGACUGCAGAUUUCCGUGUAGCGAAAGGCGUUUGGGAAGGAAAAUGCUAUUUUAAUCUUAUCAUAAUCCUACAGUAUAGGAAUGCUUAGCUGUAGUGAAGUGAGGGGAAGGAAAGCCGGUAACAUACUGCAGAAACACUGGUAUGGUGAUAUACUGUAUAUAGAUGUAUUUAUUUAUUUAUUUAUUUAUUUUAUCUUCCACGCCAGGACCAAAUGAAGCAGGUACGCGAUCUCAGGGACAGAUUGGAGGUAUGAAAAAAAAACUGAAAAUGGCAAUAUUUCUUCUUGUAGUUGCAACGCACAAAACAUAAAAAAAGGGCAAUGCAGGGAAGGUAUAUCUACAGUUUUGAGUAGGGCUGCUUUUAUUUUUAUUUUUAAAAGAAAUUUCGCUAAAAUAACAAUAAUUCAUUAUUGCAUUAACCCAUUGAAGCAAUGACGUAGCAGGGAGAAAUCUUUUGAAUUGAGAAUUUGUAGAUGGCUGCUGCAGUUAAUAUUAUAGAAUGCUGUGGACAUCGGAUAGCUUUGUACAGCGCAAAGGCAAACUGAAGACCGCAUUAGCUUCUUAAUGUUGUUUUUUAAGACUAGAUGAUUAUGUCUGGCCUCAUCCUGCCAGAGAAGGUACUGUUAGUAAACUGCUGAAUAUUGUAAGCUUGUAUUUGUAGUACAUUAUAGAUUGUAAUUUAGUAUUUGUAAACAAUUGUAUCUGUCAAUAAGUCCAGUAUCAUAUUGUUUUCCUUUGUGUAAAGAGUAGCUUUAAACAUCUGCUUUUAAAUACAGCCUAACAUAUGUAAUUUCUUUUUGAACAAUACACCAAGGAUUGAGCCUGCAGGCAUGAAUGGAAUACUGUGUGUUCCUUGUUUAACCCCUUGAGUUCGUCCUGCAGAUGGCAGAAGGGAACCUAGUGGAUACUUUCAGUUGAUACCAACCACACCAAAGACAACUGAACACAAAACAAACUUCAAUAGGAACUUGUGAACAUAGAACGAUUUCUAACGUGCGUCUGUUAUUUCUGCUGAAAUCCCCUCGCUGGAUUCUCAAAGACAUGAGCAAUCUAAUUUAUUUGCACCCUAACCCAGCAGGCUCAUUGUCACGAUGGCUAAUAAAAUGAGCUGCCCGUACUCUCUAUCGCCUUCCUGUAAUAGCGGGGGGAGCAUUAAAGGGCACGAUCAACAGCAUGGGGAUGGGACUUUGAGUACGACGGAAAAUGGCAGUUGUAAUUCGUCCACGUUUUCCUCCAGUUCACCAGACCACCCCCUGCACACCGGCCCCACCCCGCUCUGGACUGCGGUGUUCGACUACGAAGCAACUGCCGAUGAAGAGCUAACCCUCUGCAGAGGGGACCUGCUGGAGGUCCUGUCCAGAGACUCCAAUGUGUCCGGGGACGAGGGCUGGUGGACGGGCAAAAUCAAGGACAAAGUCGGCAUCUUCCCCAGCAACUACGUCAUCUGGGACCCCAACUACACCAAAAUCCAUGGCAGUUUAAUGAAAGAGUGCCCCUUACCUCUGGAGAUUGAUUUCCAAGAGCUGCGGUUGGAAGAGAUUAUCGGGGCUGGCGGCUUUGGGAAGGUUUAUAAAGGCGUCUGGCGAAGUGAGGAGGUGGCGGUGAAAGCAGCCAGGCAAGAUCCCGACGAGGACAUCAGUGUCACCGCGGAGAACGUCCGGCAGGAGGCCAAGCUGUUCUGGAUGCUCCGGCACCCCAACAUCAUUGCGCUGAAAGGGGUGUGCCUGAAGGAACCCAAUCUGUGCCUGGUGAUGGAGUAUGCCCGUGGAGGGGGCCUUAACCGAGCCCUCUCUGGCAAGAAGGUGCCCCCGCGGGUGUUGGUGAACUGGGCUGUGCAGAUAGCCAAAGGGAUGAGCUACCUUCACAAUGAGACCAUCGUGCCCAUCAUUCACAGAGACCUCAAGUCCAGCAACAUUCUCAUUCUGGAGCAGCUGGAGAAUGACGAGCUCUCCAAUAAGACCCUGAAGAUCACUGAUUUUGGCCUGGCCCGCGAGUGGCACAGGACCACCAGGAUGAGCGCCGCGGGAACCUAUGCCUGGAUGGCCCCCGAGGUCAUCAAGCUGUCCCUCUUCUCCAAGAGCAGCGACAUCUGGAGUUUCGGGGUGCUGCUGUGGGAGCUCUUGACUGGGGAGGUUCCCUAUCGUGAGAUCGAUGCCCUGGCCGUGGCCUAUGGAGUGGCCAUUAAUAAGCUGACCCUGCCCAUCCCUUCCACCUGCCCAGAGCCCUUUGCCAGACUGCUGGAAGAGUGCUGGAGCCCAGACCCACACCACAGACCCUCCUUCAGCACCAUCCUGGAGCAGCUGCUGUGCAUCGAGCAGUCGGCCAUGUUCCAGAUGCCCCUGGAGUCCUUCCACUCUCUGCAGGAGGACUGGAGGCUCGAGAUCCAGCAGAUGUUCGAUGAGCUGCGCACCAAAGAGAAGGAGCUGCGCAGCUGGGAGGAGGAGCUGGCGCGCGCCGCUCUGGAGCAGAAGGAGCAGGAGGAGGUGCUGCGCAGACGAGAGCAGGAGCUGGCUGAGCGUGAGAUCGACAUCGUGGAGCGGGAGCUCCACAUCAUCAUCCACCAGAUGUACCAGGAGAAGCCCAAGGUGAAGAAACGCAAGGGCAACUUCAAGAAGAGCCGGCUGAAGCUGGGCAAGGACGGCAACCGCAUCAGCCUGCCCUCAGGUUUUGAACACAAGAUCACCGUGCAGGCGUCUCCCAGCGUUGACAAGUGGAAAGGCCAGGGCCCGGACCGCUGCAGCCCCCCAGGCAGCCCUGUCGUCAUCCCCAGGCUGCGAGCAAUCCGCUUGACCCCCAGCGACGGCAGCAAGACGUGGGGGCGCAGUGCGGUGUGUAAGAAGGAGGACCUGGCUGCCAACAAGAAGAAGGUUCGCACCUGGAGCCCCAGCUCCACACAUCAGAGAGAGCGCAUCGGAGGAGAAGACAGGUUGAAGUCCCUGGGGGAGGGGUGCAAGCAGUGGUCGUCCAGCGCCCCCAACUUGGGCAAAUCCCCCAAGCAUGUCCCAAUCUCCGGGGGAUUCGCCAGCCUCAACGAGAUGGAAGAGGACUAUGAUGUCAGCUCCCCUCAGACGAACCCCCCAGACAUGUCCCAGGACGAGUUCGAAGCCAAGGAGGAGAAGAAGAAGAAGGAGGGUCUUUUCCAGCGGACAGGGCGCUUCCGCCGCAGCACCAGCCCCGCCAGCAGGAGAGAGGAGUCCGUCCUGCCUUCCCUGGAGCUGUCCAGCUCGGUCACCCUGCUCUCCCUGUCCUCCCUCUCCGACUGCAACUCCACCAAGUCACUGCUGCCCUUCGAGAGCGAGGACUGCUCUGCCACCAACCCCCUGCUGGACCUGAAAACUGAGAGCUUCAAGAGAGACCCCAGGCAGUCCCUGACCCCCACGCACGUGAGCGCCACCCUGGCCGUGUCGCGAGGGCACCGGCGCACCCCCUCGGACGGGGCGAUUCAGCCUCAGGCCCAGACUCCCACUCACCACAGGACUCCGUCUGAUGGCAGCGUGCAGGCCCUCCCUGACACAAGCUCCAGGGAUGUGGAGGUCCCAUGCUUGCCUGACCCCUCUCUGCUGUUCCCUCCCAUCCUGCGGCGAAAGCCCGCACUCGAGAAGGACACUGCGGCGAUCGAGAGACCCAAGACGCUGGAGUUUGCACCGCGGCCGCGCCCCUCCUCCGGCCGGGCCAGGAUCGACCCCUGGAAGUUGGUGUCAUUCAGACGGACGCACAGUUCCUCUCCCAACAGCAGCUGUGACAGCCCGCAGGCCACAGAGGAGCCAGUCCCGGCCAGACAGACCCUGCUGGACAUAGACAUGGAUGGACAGAGUCAGGACAGCACUGUCCCGCUGUGCGAGACCGCCCAAGCGCUGAGCUAACUGAGCCUUAACCCUGGAGCCUGGAGAAAACAGUGACAGCUGCAGCGUGGAUAAAUGAUGUCUUUAAGCUAGCAUCCAGCUGGUCUUCAGUGAAAUCACUAUUAAAAUCAUUGUGCUGGGAUGCAUGGGGGGUUUUUAAGUACUUUAAAUUUUAACCUAAUAUUAGAAAAUUCUUACAUUUUACCUUUGAAACUAUAAUUCAUACCAUAUUACAGUAAAAUAAACCUGGCACAGAAAAUUACUCAUUACAAAAAGAGAAAAACAUAGUGUUAUUUGUUUUAUUUAUAUGUUAAUGUUCAUUUUAAGCCUUCAAUAUCUUUUGAUACAGUCUUUUAUAGAUUCUGGUAUAUAAACUAAUGCAAAUAUGGAAAUUUUUGCCACAGAAUACAUUCCAAGUUUGUUAAAACAUUCAAAUAGAAAUACGGGUGUUUGUUUUUGAGUAAGGUGAACAUAAUUCUUCCCGGGCAACAGAAGCAUAACUUUAUCUUACCCGCUGAACUGCGAGGGUUAGGCUGGAGACAUUAGUGAUGCGCUGUCCUGUUUUCAUCCUCUUGAGAUUAUAUGGGUGAAAAUCCGCUUGGCUGACUAAUGGGAUAUCACUCACUGGUAAUGGAAAAGGAAUUCACUUUGAAACACUCAUUCAAGAUAAACUCUGUGAAAAACAUUUUGGUAUCUCUAUGCUGCUCAAGAUUACAGUAGAAAUGUUAGUUAAAGUUGUUGAAGCACAAUUCGAUUUUAAUGACAAGAAAAAGGUCCUUAGCCUGUAAACUUCCAACUGUCUUUGACCUGUCGAGAAAUGAGCAACAGCUGAAUUUAUGAUGCCUCCUUCAUCGUCCUCAAUUAAUGGUGUGAAGUUUAAGGACAGUGUCUCAUUAUAGAAAGGGCAGUUGUUCCUCUGCCCUGCAGGAUGCAUCAGAAAUGGACAAUUCCAAAGUGCUGGUCUUCAGUAUUCAUUUGAUUUUAAGACUUCAUAGUGACCAACAUCACUGCCACACACUGUACAAACCAAUGCUUCCCACUGCAAUGAUGGAAUGUGUUUAUUUAUUGAAAGGGGUGUCCGUCUGCUAUACAGUGCUUGCCCAAAAGAGUGUGUGAGUGGGUCUUGGUUUGAGUGUUUAUAUGCAUGUGGAAAUAUGGAGAAACCAUCAAGACCCAUUAUUGUACAAGAGCAAAGAUAAAGGAAUACACUCACCCAGCAUCCUGCCCUGUGUCUGGAAUCGCAGAAAUUAUCAUGACUGUGUCAGAAAUGAAACAGACUCCUGCUCUAUAACGAUCGGACUCAUUCCAGCAGUCGAACCAGUACUAAGCUUCAUGUCAGUCGAGUCUUUUAACAGCAAGGUGAGACGGGGACUGUGUUUGAAGACAUGCCUUGCAAUAACUUCUGUGCAAGCAACGCAUACUGUGACCACCCUCCCUCAAAUGCAAUAUUCAUUUUAAACGCUGAUCUUGCAGCAGCUGUCUCAUGAAUUAGACCGUUUUGGGGUCUCUAUGUUGCUUUCACAGAAGGUAUGUCCCUAUACUAAGAGAGCACCAGACACAGCCAUGGCUGAAAGGCUUUUGAUAAGGCCUGGGUGUGGCUAAAAUGUCAAUGUGGUAAAGUUACCAGGAUGUAAACAUUAAAACACAGCUUAGAUCGUGAGUACCCUAAAAUGCAGUUAAAAUGUUCUACUGUUCCCUACAGUGCUAUUAUUGUGAGUGUUUCUCAUUGAGAUUACUUACCGUAUUCCUUCGAAUUUAAGAAGCAAUUUUUUAAACAUUUUUUGCUUCUCAAAAAUAGCCUGUGUCUUAAAUUUGAGUACAGUAGUGAUGUGUUUAUCACCAACAAAAGAUAUCCCUGUACGAAUACACAAGCAGCAACAUGACUGACUGCCAAGAAAAGAGGAACAGACAUCCCUGUCUGAAUACACAAGCAGCAACGUGACUUACUGCUGAGAAAAGACGAACCAAAAUGUUACUGCCCGAUCUUGAAUCACCCAUGACAUACAAGCAGCCAUUCUCAACGAAGCGUCAUUCGCUUCCUGAGGAAUUCAAAGAGAAGCUUUUACCAUUUCAACGUUUCUAACAAACAGUACCAUGCUUG